AUGAAAGAGAAAUUACUCUACCUCUUCUGCGAUGAGGAGCCACUAGUUGGGGACAACGUGAUGUUCUCGGUUUGUGAGAAGCGGUUUCGCAAGAAGUACACAGAGUUUCGGAUACCCCUGGUUCUGGGCCAGACUCAAACGUGGGAGAGGCACGAGUCCUUGGAUCAGGAUGGGAUCGUGAAUUUGUAUUGGACUCCGGAUUUGGAGAAUGGGGAGAUCACGUUCGAGUUGCACGCGAAGACUCAGGGAUGGGCUGGAUUGGGCUUCUCUGCCAACGGUGCCAUGACCGGAUCUGAUAUCGUUGUUGGUUGGAUCAAGGAUGGGCAGACCUUCUUUACGGACAGGCACGCAGUGGGAAACGAGCUACCUUUGGUGGACGAGAGUCAGGACUACGAACUCCUCUUCGCAUCCGAGGACGAGGAGGGGUUGACCCUCAGAUUCAAACGUCUCAUCGACACCUGUGACGAAGACGACUUCUACAUUACAAGUGACACGUGGAGUCUUAUCUACGCGUACGGGGAAACGGAUCCAGAUGAGGAAGAUCCCUUCUACCAUGGACGGGACCAUCGCGGCGUGCAUGCCAUCAAUCUCCUCGACCCACAAAUCGGCUUGAAAGAGUGGGGAAUAUUGAACGACAUCAUCAUCCCGCCCAUUCAUACGUCUUAUUGGUGCAGUGUAUUCAAAGCACCUCAGAUCGACACCAAGCAACAUAUUAUUGGGUACCUUCCGUGGGUAACGAAGGGGAACGAGGAGUACGUGCACCACUUCACGUUGUUGACAUGUACAGUGAACGAAGGCGAGGAGUCUGUCCUUGAGCAGUUCAUGCAGGAUUAUCCUAAGGGUUCCAAUUGUUUCGAUCCCGCUGCCUACAUCAUCUAUAGUAAAUGCCGAAGCAUCCUGUCGGCCUGGGCCGUCGGCGGAGUGCUCGUACCACCUGGGUUGAAUCAUUUCAUGUCAGUGGGACACUGUCCCGGGGAAUGCACAGAGAUACUGCUUCCUCCUGAGGGCAUUCAAGUCUUCGCUGCACAGUUCCAUGCCCACCUCCUCGAGUGCGAGUUGGAUUCCUUGGAAAGAGAUUUGGUGACGCCGGGAGGAUUUACGACUUAUGCUGAGAUGUGUCAAUUGUUCUUCAUGUAUUAUCCCAAGUUAGAAGAGCUGAACCAAUGCGCCUCGAACGUGGACUAUAAGUAUUUUCACACCCUCUUUCAAGUCGGUGGGAUCCAUCUCAAUCCGGCAUCCAUUGACUGGGAAGUGGACGCGACGAACCAGACCCUCCAGGAGCACUUCAGGGACUUCGAUUGGGAGGAUUUCGAUAUGAAAGCCUAUCAAGAAGCGGAGGUGAAGGACGUGACAUAUCCAGAAUAUGAGAGCGAUUAUGAACCCCCGCCGAGACAUUGCCCCGUCGAAAGCCCUGUACAUUAGACAUUAUCUUCAUUUGAAGAAAAUGAAAAUAAAAUUAUGCCG